UUUCAGAGGAGUCUUAUUGAAUUUAAAAUAGCUGAAGUAAAUCGUCAAAUGAAGAAAGCCAAAUCUGUAGCCCUGAAAAUUCUGGAUGAGUUGAAAGCAGCAGGAGCAAAGUAUGUUUGUGUUUAAAGUAAUCCACUGAUUGCAUCUCCAUCUAGUCUGGCUGUGAAACAAGUGGAACAUUACAUUCUUGUUCUCAAACAGAGUGAAGCCUCCUUUCGGCAAAUGGCAGACGAACAACUUGAAGGACUUUCUGCUGGUAAACAUGUGAAAGAUUUCCCUGAACUUAAUCUUCCAGACAUUCCUGACCUUCCUGUAUUACAAGUAUUGCAAGGAACCACUAUGACUGAAGCUUCGACUGUAAAGUCAGGGCUGUCUGUCAAAGGUACAGCCUCACCUCCACAAGAAUUGUCAGACUUUGUCAAACCUAUAAUGGUGCCUACACAAGCUGGUGCUCUUAAAUCAGAGAACUUGGCCAAAAAUAUUGUGGUUCAGAAUGGCAAGAGUCCUCUGAAGGCAAAAAAAGAAAGUAUGAGAGACUUAGAUCCCAUAGAGUUACCUAAGGGAAACCACCUGCAGACACACGUGAGAACGAGAAGUACUUCACGAGAGUUAAAAACAGAAAUGUACAUUAAUUCCCAGUUAGCUGCACCGCAGCCCACAGAUUCAAAGUCCAAAAAACCAUAUGACAAGCUGUUGGAAAAACUAAACACGAAAUAUCCACAAAUCAGCCAAACCGAUCUUACAACUUACAUCAAAACCUUCCGAGCUCAGAAAAAAGGGUUGACUGGAAUGUCAUGCAUGGAGAUUUAA